UGUGAUUGGUGUCGUAGUGCAACAAGACGUGUUAUUCCAUAGAAAGAAAAAUAAGUGCUUUAGUUAUAUUUUAGUGUUUUAAUUAAAAACGCAUAAAUGUCAAGUCCAAAAGAGUAUAAACUCAAGGGUGGACAUCCUCCUGCAGUAAAAGCAGGCGGAAUGAGAAUCACCCAGCAUAAAACACCAAAAGAAGAUCGGGAAAUAAAACCAAUUAAAGACGUGGAUGAAAGUAAAACAUCGAGUAGUCCACCGAAAACUCUCAUGAUCAGUGGAGUUCCCGCAAAAGGAAAUGCAGAUUUUCCUCCAGAAGCUGUGCAAGUCUUCCAUGAAAAGCCUGUUCCAACUCAUGAUGCAAGGCCAGCUCAUUGUUCACGUCCAAUUAUUAUCCAUCAGCCAAGGAAAUGAAUGAUGUGCAUAUUGUAUACCAACUGGUGGCUAUCCAGAGAAACACUAGCCUACAUACUUAUCCAUUAAAUUAAAACAAAAACAAAAGAAAAAAUAAAUGAUAAAUAUCUAUAUAUAUAUGUGUGUACUUAAAAGUUUCUUUGGGCUAUUAGGACUUUAUGUGCUUAAAAUCCAAGCACGUAGGCCUUAACCCAAGAAGCUUUGGUUUCAUGUAAUAUGAAACAAAGUACGAAAGUUUAUUAUUGUUAUUAAGAAGAAAAGAAUUUAUCUUUAAUAUGAUGCCACAAGAUCCCUGUAUCGGCAUUUAAGCAGAUGAUUUACUUCGUUUUCUGAUAUAUCACUUAUUGAAACGCAAUUCUUAGAUUAGAUUGUUAUACGAUACUACGCUCUUAUCUCAAGUUAUAUGAUACACUAUUUGUAACCGUUUUCGGGACCAGUUUGUAGUUCAGAUUGUGUAAUACUUCAAACAAUUACGCAUUUUUAUUUUUAAA